AGAAGAAGAAGAAGAAGAAGAAGACAGGAAGUGUUCCUGUUGCUGUUGACGAGCACGGGCGUGAGAUAACGGAGUGCGGAGAUUUCGAGGUCAGGAUAUCUGUAACGAUGGAAAUGGAUAUAAGUGGAGUAUCCAGGACACGUGUCUCCAUUCUUCCUACAACUGACAUAAAAGCCACAUUGAAACCAGAAGCAGAGAGACCUCGCUGUGCCAGCACCCCAUGUUCACCAAUCAGAGGUACUGUUGCAGGAUACCAGAUUCUCCACAUGGACUCAAACUAUUUGGUGGGCUUCACCACUGGUGAGGAGCUGCUCAAACUGGCCCACAAGUGGUCAGAAGGUAAUCCUGAGAAGGCCCGUGUAUCAGAUCCAGUGUCCAGCUCCAUCAAGAGCACUGUCCCUAAGUCUGUGGACCUGGGCAUCCACCGGUCUUCACGUAUUUUCAAAGCCAAAGGCCGGUACUACCAACCAUACGACAUUCCUGCUACUAAUGGACGAAGACGAAGGCGUAUGCCCAGUUCGAGCGACACCUUCCUCAGAUCUCUGGCCCACGGCGAGUCUGGGAGGGCUCUGCAUGCUCCACUACCACUCUGUUUGCUUAAAAGUAAAGGUGCCCAGUCCAAGUCUCUUGACUACCUUAAUCUGGACAAAAUAAGUAUCAAAGAGUCAUCAGACACUGAAGUGCUACAGUACCAACUGCAGCACCUCAACCUACGAGGGGAGCGUGUGUUUACCAGAAACAAGACAUGAAAGCACAGUGAAACUUUUUUAGAUGUGUUUCAUCCUCUGGGGUAUUUAGGUGCUAUUUCAAGACUUGUUUCUUUCUACUAUGAUUAUAAACAGUUCUUUAAGGAGACAGUCUGAUGAUAAUCUUGUUCUAUUAUUAGUUGGGAGGUUUACCUUGUUCUGUAUGCUUAACAUUAUGAGGUUUUUGAGGUUAAAAAAUUGAAUUAUAUAAAUUUAGCAAUAACUGAUGGACCUAUUUAUUGACAAUUUUAUUGGUAUUGUUGUGUGUUUGUAAUGGUUGGAUACACACUAUUAUACCAGCUUAUAGCUGAGAAAGCACAUAUCACAUACAGUAUCAGCUUUAAAAUGCACCGUUGACAUCAGUACAAUAGUUUUACUGUGACUGUUCUUGUUUUUUUGACAUUAAGGAACUGCAUUUGGAGUUGUCAAAUUAACAAUAUAAUGUUAUUGUAUGUUGCACAUUUAUUUACGUAUUUAUUUAUUGAUGUAGUACUGUUGGUUUAGAUGUCAAUAUGAUUUCCACGCUCUAAUUUACAGUAAUGUAAGUAAAUCAAUUAAAAACAAAAAAAACAUGCCACUUGAAGUUUGUCGUAAUAUAAGAUAUGCCAUGUGCUUUUAAGAGGUAUAUAUAUUUUUUCCUCUGUCCAUAAUGAUGCACAAAUAUAAUAAUUAUCAGUGCUUACACUACCAUUUAAACGUUUUGACACACCUUCUGAUUUAAUCCACAUUAUAGGACGAGUUGUGUUGUGCAGAAGUCAGGUUGGUACACAGCUGAGAGCCCUGUUUGACAACUGUUAGAAUUCAUAUUAUGGCAAGAACCAAUCAGCUAAGUAAAGAGAAACAACAGUCCAUCAUUACUUUAAGAACUGAAAGUCAGUCAGAUGGAAAAUUGCUAAAACUUCCAAUAUGUGCCCAAGUGAAGCCGCAAAAAUCACUAAGCACUACUAUGAAACUGGCUCACAUGAGGACCGCCCCAGGAAGUGACCUUUGCUGCUGAGGAUAAGUUGAUCCGAGUUAGUUAGGCAAGUUAACAGCACCUCAGAUUAGAGCCCAGAUAAAUGCCACACAGAGUCCCAGUAGCAGACACAUCUAUGUUCAAAUUAGGCUUUUAUGGUCAAAUAGCUAAGAAACCAAUACUAAGGAAAAGUAACAAGCAGAAGAGAUUUAUUUGGGCCAAGAAACACAAGGAAUAGACAUUAGACCCGUGGAAAUCUGUGCUUUGGUCUGAUGAGUCCAAAUUUGAGAUCUUUGGUUCCACUCGCCGUGUCUUUGUGUGGGGCUGCUUUCCUGGUGACGUUGAAGGCACACUGAACCAGCAUGGCUACCACAGCAUCCUGCAGCAACACGCCAUCUCAUCCGGUUUGUGUUUAGUUGAACAAUCAUUUAUUUUUCAACAGUACAACGACCCCAAACACACCUUCAGGUUGUACAAGGGCUAUUUGACCAAGAAGGAGAGAGAUGGAGUGCCAGAUGGCCUGGCCUCCACAGUCACCUGACCUAAACCAAGAUCAUUUGGGAUGAGAGUGAAGGCAAAGGGCCAACAGGUGCUCAGCAUCUCUGGGAACUUCUUCAAGACUGUUGGAAAACCAUUUCAGGUGACGACCUCAUGAAGCUCAUCGAGAGAAUGCCAAGCGUGUGCAAAGCAGUAAUCAAAGCAAAAGGUGGCUCUUUUGAAGAAUCUAAAAUAUAAAACAUGUUCUGAGUCAUUUCACAAAUUUUUGUUUACUACAUAAUUCUACAUGUGUUCAUUCACAGUUAUGAUGCCCUCAGUGAGAAUCUACAAUAUAAAUGUUCAUGAAAAUAAAGAAAAACCAUUGAAUCAGAAGGUGUGUCCAAACUUUUGACUGGUAGUGUAUGUACUUUCACUUUUGAUUGAAUCCAAUAACUGAUGAAAGGUGGUAAAUAUAAAUGACAGAGGAAAGACAUGUAAAACAUCUCCAGUCAGACUUUAACUAAGGAUGCUUCAAUUAUUUGGUCAUCUCCUUAGACCGCUGGUAACAAGAAUGCUUCCAAACAAUCGCUUACUAAUGUGACUAUGAAAGGCAUGAGAAAGAAUUUUAGAGGGAUGCAGAGUUUGCCAUGCUUCUUUAAGAGACUCAAUUUGCAGCCACACUGGACAGAAUGAAGGAUUAUCGUGUAGUUUGAUUAAAUUCAACCAAAUGACCAUGUGUCUUCCACUACAGAUAGAGUGUGAGAGAGUGUCACUUCACUUCUUGUAAAUCUUUAUUGCUUAUUGUAGCAAAUAUGUAUCAGUGCAUCAUUUGUUUUCUACAUUGUUCAUGACGGCAGUAUGUAGAGAUGUGAGAUGUGUUUUUAAUAAGUGUGUAGAUUUCCCUUACAGCUCAUAAUGGUUGAGUUUUCGGUCCAUCUGUUCCAGAACACUUUUUUUCUGUACAUAUUGCACUGUUGAAUAUGUGCUACAGACUGUCUCUGGAAUUCUCUGCUUCUGUCAUCACCAUGGCACUAAUUAUGUGUUCCUAUAGAAAACACUACAACGACAGUAUUGUAUAUAUGAGUAAGCCAUUAAACACUUACAGAUCUGUACACCCCUUGAGUAUGCACCGUUGGACAUGCUUCUUUGAAAGAAUUGAAAUUGUGAAUUCUUGUCUCAGAACUUGUGUUUUUUGUUACAUUUAUCAGUGUAAAAUGUAUUAAUUUAAGCUGUAACAAGCCUUUGUGAAAUCUAAAUUUUAUGUUACAAUGGCAUCUCCCAAGUUCUGUUGCAUAAAAUGAAAUAAUCUGAGGUGCAAUCUGUGAGACCGUUUAUCUCAACAUUCUCAGGACAGAGCCAUAGAGCAUGUCAGUUGCAUUGCUGUAUGCCACUGUAACUUUCUAAUACAAUCUGAGAGCCAGAAAUUAUGAAUUAUGAUGAACAAUAAUUAUUGCCAUUUAAAACAUCAUAAAUAAUGUAAUAUUAAUUAUGUAAUGAUCAAAACAAGCACAUUUCUAAAUGAAUUUAGCUUUUAGAAAGUGCUGUUUUUGUCUAAAAAGCUGUGUAAAGAAAUAGAAUUUUGAGUUAGUUCUUUCUGAAUAUUUAUAAUACGAAUAUUCUCAACUUGGCCCAGACUCAGAUAAAGCAAAUUCAAAUUGGGUAGUCUGCAAAACGUUCUUUCAACAAGUGUAUUUUCAUUUCUUUUUUAAGUGCAUUUCACUUUAUCCACAAAUACUUGGUGGAAACAAAAUAAUAAUGCAGUGUUAUGAUAAUAUAACAGUAUAAUAAUAAUAAUAAAAAAGACUUUCACAUUUUUAAUGUUGUGUGAGCUGACACUAGUGAUCUCUUAACAUGUUACACUACACCUUCCUCUAUGAACUUUAAUGUUUAUCUUGAUGGGAACAAAUAUUAAUUAGCAAUAUGAGUGACUUAAGUUAGGUAAAAUUUUCUACCUAAAAUAAAAACUUUUGGCAGUAGAGGAUGUGAAAUUCAGUAGUUUAUACAACAGUUUAAAUAGCCAGACAGUCUGUGAUAUGCUGUGAAAGGUAAUGUAGAUCUCCUGUGUAGCCAAGUUCUUUUUUGUACUUUAUUGUUAUCACUUUUUAAAAUGUUCCUAUUUCUUUCAGCUGAUAAAAAAAGAAGUUUUCUAAAGUUUUUAUCUAUUGAGCGUGAUGGAGAUCACUGUAAACGUUGCAGUAAAAAAUUAUUUGACAAUGUGGCUGUAUUGAAAGCUGCUUUUGGAGACACCCCAAUAAUGACUGAAUAUCAUCAUAUUCAGUCAUUAUUGGGUCACUUAAAAAAAAAAAAAAAAGUCAUCCCACUAUCUUACUUAGUUGCGCAUUAAGUCUCAAUUCUGAACUGCAUGCAGUCACUUUAAUAGAAGGUUGUGUGCAAGGGGCAUGAACAGCUCACUGUCAGCUAGACUACCAUGUAGAAGACACACAGCUCAGAGUGCCUAUAGUAGAAGGAACAAAAUGUUCAAAGGCCAGUAAUACAACACAUAAUACAAGACAAUAAAAUACAAGCAGAAAACUUGCAAAUUGGAGAGGAAAUUGCAUCUCACUAUAUUAGAGGAUCGUCAUUUAGGCUGGAAAAAAUUCUACUCUAUUCUGUUGUUCUACAAAAAGCCCUCCGUAAAGCAGGAAUAUCUUACUAUUUAUCACUGAUUCAAGAAACUCUAUUAGUAGCACAUCUUCUAAUCCGAGGUUUGGUGGUUCAAUCCCUGCAUGCCAAAGUGUCCUUGAGGAAGAUACUGAAUGCAGAAAGAGUGCAUAAAUUAAUUUAAUUUGAAUCAUAACAUUUGUAAGAAAUGGAUGGUAAUUAAAUGUAAGAAGCAAAAUCUCAGGAAUUGAUUGUAGAAUUUAUUACAGUGACAGUAAUACAUUUCUGUCUGUUCUACAGUGGGGGGAAAGUAUCAAAAGGAAAACUGGUAUAAAAACACCAUAUUAAUAUAAAAGCAUAGAAAUGUCAACAUUUGAUAUAAAAAAUUAAAAAAAAUGAAAA